CGGGGCUCGGCCGGCGGCGGGGAUGCGCGGGAGCGGCGGGCAGCCCUGCCCUGCCCUGAGCCAGCACCGGUAGGAUCCAGUGCUUCGUUGCUGCAGUGCACAUAACUUCCAAAUUCAGUGGGAUAAUUCCUCUAUUUACAGCUAAAUUAUGCUUAAAAGCUUGAAUGCAUCAAGAUGGUUAAGGUGUGUUAAGGCCCAGAGGUCUCAGGCCCACUGAGAACUGGGUGCCUGGUGCUGUGACCAGGAGGGACCCUCGCAGAGUGCUGGAAUUCCUUAAAAAUCCAAUAAGUGGGAAAUGAUGAGUGUGAGGAGCAGACUGCAGAACUGGAUAUUCAGUGUCUGUGCAUGACUUUGAAAGCAGAAGUCACCACAAUGACCCCCAGCUCCUGUACUGUCCUUUUUACUCAUAGCCAUGUAAGAACCUAAACAAGGAGACAUAAAUUAUUGACCAGAGAAUGGCCCACCGAAGCCCGAUCUUCCCAACUCUUGCCCCUUCUGAAAGACGGGUCCGGAACAUCCCUCUGCACAGCCAGGCGCUGACAGCGGUGCCGCUGGCCUCCGCCAGCCUGGUGGAUCAGCUGGAGGACAGAAUCCUGAGCCAUGAGAAAACAACAGCAGCUCUUGUGGAGCACGCUUUCCGCAUUAAGGAGGACAUUGUUUCCACGCUGCACAGAAUGCAGAACAAAGGGGGGGGUGACCGGUUGGCAAGGCAACUCCUGGAAGAGCACAUCCGAAACAUUACUGCGAUAGUGAGGCAGCUCAACCGGGACAUCGAGAUGCUGCAGGAACAGAUACGUGUCAGAGACAAUCUCAGCUAUGGAACAAAUUCUACCCUGAAGAGUCUUGAAAUGCGGCAGCUUUCUGGCCUAGGAGAUCUUCGGGGAAGAGUUGCAAGGUGUGAUGCUGGGUUAGCCAGGCUGUCUGCAGAGCAUAAAAUUACAUAUGAAAGACUUCAGAGUCUAAGUAAAGACCAACACACCUCCAAGCUGAUCUUAGAAUCUAAAAUCAAAGAGGCAGAAAUACAGAUUUCUCAUCUGCUGAGCAGAGUAGAGCAAUCGAUAAUGCAACAAGAAGCAAAGCUGAAGAUUGCCUACAAAGAGAGCAACCAACAGCUGCAAGUUCUGGACACAAAAUUGAAAGAUGCUGUUGAGGAGCUCAGCAAUCAGAUUUUGUCUGCACGGAGCUGGCUGGAACAGGAACAUGGAAGGACUGAAAAAGAGCUUGUGCAAAAAAUCGACCAACUCUCACUGACUUUUAAGGAAAGCACUGAAAUGAGUGAGAGAGGUAUUGAGAUGAAAUUCAACCAAAUGGCAGAGAAAAUUGAGAGAAUAGAAGAAAUGCAGAAGAUAACCAUGGAGGCACACGAAGCAAAACAGACUGAAGAAAAGAUAAAUAUUCGCAUUGUCAAACUUCAAAAUGAGAUAAAUGAAGAUAUAAAAGAAAUGAAAGCUGAAGUCAAUGCUGGGUUUGCAGCUAUCUACGAGAGCAUUGGGUCUCUACGGCAAGUUCUAGAAGCAAAAAUGAAGCUGGACAGAGAUGAACUCCAGAAGCAGAUCCACCAAAUGAAGCAGGAGGUUCCAAGAUGGGGAGAAGCUGGACCAUGACUGCAAGGUUUUGUCUGAGAGAUUAGUGUUUACCUGGCUAACAAGGCAGACUCUAGUGUUGUUCCAGUCUGUAAUGCCAAUUACCUGCAUGUACCAAAUGACAUGCUGCUGCUGCUGCUGCUGCUGCUGCUGCUGCACAGGUGCUUGCUCACAGCAGUACAUACAAGCUGUUCUUGGAUAUCUGCAAUGAGCCUGUGGAGCUGAGGUGCUGUUUUGCCACUGCACUACUCCAGUUGCUGUCAGGAAAUUGAGCACUGUGUAAAACUGGAGUAAUACACUGGUGAAGCUGGCACCUAGUUUGCUAAAGGCAUUCCAGUUUUGCAGGCUUGAUCAGGCAGCUAAAUGCUUUUAUAUGCACCUGCACCCCUCCACCUUAAAAAAAAGGCAAGUUGCUAUCAUUUGCUUCAUAUGAAUUUGGCAAGGUUCUCCACCUUGAUACAAAUUACUUAGUUAAAAUCAAUGGACAUUUUUACAGUGACUUUCUCUACUACUGACUUCCUGGAAAGACAGAAUUGGCACUAAACAGACCAAUCUUCAAAGUCAAGACAACAUCAGAAAAUCUUUGCUUAGGUUUGCAAAUAUUCUGUGUGUGAAAAUUAGGUAGUGUUAUAUAAUGUAGUUGUAGACUUAGAUGAUUCAUAAACAACAUAAAAAACAACUUACAUGGUCUUAAGUAUUGUAACCUUUUAAAAUUAAUAACCAAGGGGAGUUUACACAAGAUAAAAGAUGUAUAUAGGGCAUUUUUUACUAGGCAUGUGUUCCUAUGACUUGCUUCAAUAUAUUGCUAAAAACUUAGAAUGGUUUGAAAACUAAAGAGAAGGUGAUAAUCUAACCUAGUCUGGAGACUCUAAUGUAAAAUAGUUUAUGAUCUUCUUAGAGAUGCAGUUUAUGAUCUCAUUAGAAAUUUUCAUUAAAGUAAAAAAAUUGAUUCAUCAUAUUUAAGUAGACUUUAAUAAUUUAGCAGACUCAAAUUGCUAAUUGCAUUCACAUUAUUUCCAGAUAAUAAUUUCCAUUCCCAGAAGAGAUUACAUAUGAAAAUCAGCACCCAUGUGGCAUAUUAUCUAGACAAUAAAAAAAAUACGUUGUUUUUACUUCUUUAUUUAUGGCAUGAUAUAUUGCACCUCAAGUUUUUAAGCCAUGCAGGAUUAAACUCUCAUGAAAAAAUAAAAUAUUUCAUCUAGCAUCCUAUUAAUUUAUACUAUUAACAGUAAUUAAUACACAAAAAUGAUUUUAAUUGUCAGACUUUACAGUAUUGUUAAUCUAAAUAAAUUAAUAGGAUGUCUCUACACUGCCCCUAAUUGACCUUUCAUUCAGCUAGUAUUGGAAAAAUAUAUUUUUAGUUGGAAAAUCAGUGGCAAAUAUCACUUCCAUAAAAGCCAUUUUGGUCCACAGAGUCACCAUAUAUAAAACAAAGAAUUUAAAAAACUACUUCAAGAACUUACAGUCAUUAACUUCAGUAAGUCAGUGCAGAGUGUAAAAAUCAUGUGUAUGCAUACAUCUUUACAGGAUUAACACCUAAGUUUAUAUUCACUUCCUCUAUAGCUGAAAGUCACUGAUGUCUCAAAGACACAUGAAGCUUUUGCAGCUCUGGCUCCCAAUGCUCUCUGAUACAAACCAGGAAUACCAGAGGCAGUUUUGCUAUCAUCCAUGUCCUGUGAAAUAUAUUUACAAUGGCAGCUAAGGGGAAAGCCCGGUUCCCUAAAGAGAGACAAUUAAAUGCUUGUAGAUAUUUCUCAGGAAUUGUCUUCAAAAUUCAAUCUUACUUCCUGUAUGUAUUCCUAUCUAUUCUUAAAUAUUUAGCUAUGUGCAGUAGAAAAACUAUCACUGGUGUUUUAUUAAAAAAAAAAGAAAAAAACCCCCAAAAAAACAAAAACAAAGAGAAAUGAAAAGAUUGAAAGAAACAGACCAAAACCAGAAUAUUUUUUUAAUUCUGUAAUUGGAAGUCUGUACCCGAGAAAAUCUGAUGUGAUAUGAAGAGCAUACAAGGAAUCAGAAACAUUUAAAUAGGACUUACUUAAAUUGUUUCUCUUGUAAAAAUCUUGCGUGAUUGAUCCAGAUAUAAAACAACACAGGAAAUCCUAUCCAAUUUUACUUUUUUCUGCCUUAAAAAUGGUUUUUUUCACAAAUCUCAGCUAAAUCAAUAAGUAAAAGCCUAAAUAAAAUAAUACUCAAGCUUCUACCAAGCAGUGUCUUCAAACUCUGAAGUGCCAAGUGGAGGGAGGCCCAGGUCAACCUUGUCAUGUUGGCACUGUCUGCCAGGGGGUGCUCACAUGUGAUAAGCCAGUCCUUCAGGGGAGAAUUCAGAGUGCUUCUGAGCAUUGGAGUAUCCUCUCAUCACCAGAACCUGUCAGAGCAAACUCCUCUCCAGACACAGGCUCCCCUCAGGGCACAGCUGUGCAGCCACAGGGCAGUGCUGCACAUACUGAGCUGUGGGAGCCUGGUUUUGCCAAAUGGAAACCAGUUCUGAAAACUGAUCCCCAGGGAUCUUGGAAAGCCAAAUAGAAGGAAAGAG